ACGUCAUCCGCUGUCACUGGUCUCACAGCCGGGUUAGCGCAGCACUAAAAUCUCUGAAAUAAUUUAGAGUUUGGAGCAAAAAAUGAGUCGGAGUUAUAACGAUGAGUUGCAGUUCCUGGAUAAGAUCACCAGUAACUGCUGGCGGAUUAAAAAGGGCUUCGUUCCUAACAUGCAGGUUGAAGGAAAUUUUUAUGUGAAUGAUUCUCUGGAGAAGCUGAUGUUUGAAGAGCUUCGUAAUGCCUGUCGAGGAGGUGUUGGUGGUUUCCUUCCAGCCAUGAAACAGAUUGGAAAUGUGGCAGCGCUGCCAGGAAUAGUACAUAGGUCCAUUGGCCUCCCAGAUGUCCACUCUGGGUAUGGGUUUGCUAUUGGAAACAUGGCGGCCUUCGACAUGGACAACCCUGAUGCUGUUGUCUCUCCAGGUGGUGUUGGCUUUGACAUAAACUGCGGCGUUCGUUUGCUGAGGACGAACCUGGAUGAGAGGGACGUGCAGCCGGUGAAGGAGCAGCUGGCUCAGUCACUGUUCGACCACAUCCCAGUGGGAGUGGGAUCCAAGGGAGUCAUUCCCAUGGGAGCUAAAGACCUGGAGGAGGCUCUGGAGAUGGGUGUGGACUGGUCCCUGAGGGAGGGCUACGCCUGGGCCGAGGAUAAGGAGCACUGUGAGGAGUACGGCAGGAUGCUGCAGGCCGACCCCAACAAAGUGUCCUCGAAGGCCAAGAAGAGAGGAUUGCCUCAGCUGGGGACUCUGGGAGCAGGAAACCACUACGCAGAGAUCCAGGUGGUGGAUGAGAUCUACAACGACUACGCAGCCAAAAAGAUGGGCAUCGACCACAAAGGUCAGGUGUGUGUGAUGAUCCACAGCGGCAGCAGAGGACUGGGACACCAGGUCGCCACUGAUGCACUGGUUGCCAUGGAGAAAGCAAUGAAGAGAGAUAAGAUCACAGUGAAUGACCGACAGUUGGCCUGUGCUCGAAUCACAUCACAGGAGGGACAAGAUUACCUGAAGGGCAUGGCCGCCGCUGGGAACUACGCCUGGGUGAACCGCUCAUCCAUGACCUUCCUCACCAGACAGGCCUUCUCGAAAGUUUUUGGGACGACGCCAGACGACUUGGACAUGCACGUCAUCUAUGACGUUUCUCACAACAUUGCCAAAGUGGAGGAGCACAUGGUGGACGGGAAGCAGAAGACGCUGCUCGUCCACCGCAAAGGCUCCACUCGAGCCUUCCCCCCACACCAUCCGCUCAUCCCCGUCGACUACCAGCUCACAGGUCAGCCAGUGUUGAUCGGAGGGACCAUGGGAACCUGCAGCUAUGUCCUAACAGGGACAGAACAAGGCAUGACAGAAACCUUCGGUACCACCUGUCAUGGAGCGGGUCGUGCUCUAUCUCGAGCAAAGUCACGCAGGAACCUGGACUUCCAGGACGUCCUGGACAAACUGGCUGAUAUGGGAAUCGCCAUCCGAGUGGCUUCACCCAAACUAGUCAUGGAGGAGGCUCCUGAAUCAUAUAAAAAUGUGACAGAUGUCGUCAACACGUGUCAUGAUGCUGGAAUCAGUAAGAAGGCCAUCAAACUGAGACCAAUUGCUGUGAUUAAAGGCUAAAGCUGAAAGACAGUUUGCACCAAACUGAGGACUAAAGCCAACGUGUCUAGAAAACAGAAGAAGCAGAAGAUAGUCACUGAAGCUAUUUUUGAUUUUGGGUGGGAAUUUCUGUUAAGAAACAUGAAAUUUAGAAUGAAGCUGAAAAUCUAAUUUUGGAUUUGAAAAUGUUUUGUUUAUGCCUUAUCUGUGAUUCCAAUAAAGAUCACAAAAUGGAAGCUGU